AUGCUGCACACUAUAGGCAUCUUCUCAAGCGACGUGCCAGAGAGCUUGCGCAAGCCGGCACUGAGCAAUGUGCAGCCGUCCUUCAUAGACUACGGCGAUGGCUGCGUGCUGGCGAAGGGUUUCGACAACGAUCGAGCAAUCCAGGCCUACGAGGCAACACUGCAGGACAUGAUGGCCAACGGUGGCUUCGCGAACCCGGCCGUGGCACAAAUCUGCACUGGCCUGGCGACCCUCUAUGACACGAAGGCUGCCAUGACAAAGGACGCUCAGUAUUACGACCGCUGUGUCGAGUACAUGUCCAUGGUGCAGCAGGGCAUGCAGGCAGGCAUGGGCGAAGCAGCACAGUACGACCCAAUGUACAGGGUCAUCGAGGCACGAAGACAAAAGGUCUUGCGAAAGAAAGAGAAACGCCUGGCGAAGGGCGCUCCAGAUGCAGAGCUGCAGGCUUUGCUGAACCAGCGCCCUGAGCCAAGACGGCCUGCACGGAAGUGA